AUGGAACUUGAAGAAUAAAAGAGACUUAAGGCUGAAUGGGAUGCUCUAACAGAGGAAGAAUAAUUUUAUAGGACUUAGGAGGAUCAAUUCAAAAGUCCAAGUAUUAAGUUUGAUCAGAAUUCGUUCUCUUAAGAGUUAACUGGUUAAAGGUUGGUGAUAUAACAAGAGAGAGUGAGAGUUGACAAGGGAGAAUGGAUAUUUUUAUAUAAAUCACCGAUUCCAGGAGAUGAAGAAGUAGCAAAACUCAAAAAAACUAAACCUAAGACUCUAAAUGUGAAUGAUUUAAAUAUCAUUGUCUUUAAGGCUUGGAUAGAUUAUCUACCAUUUUAAACUCCAGGAUAAAUUGAAACUAUCCAAAGAAUCAAAUUUACUUAGUAUAUGGACGAGCAAUCUCCUCCUGAAACACCUAGACCUAAUGUGGAAACAAUGUAUUUGUACUUAAAAAUCAAUUUGUCUCAACCGAUAACCCCUAUUAGGUAUGAACCCUAACCAACCUUUUAAGAUUUGAUAUCUCUAGCUCCUGAACCUCAACCAAUCCCACUAAGUUAGUAGUGCAUUGAAGAGUUGAGGAGUGAUCUGUAGGUCAUUAUAGAAUCGUUGGCGAUGGAAUAUUCGAAUAUGUUUUCGAAAGAUCUAAACAAAUAUCAAAAUGAAAAACAAAGUAAUAUGUUAAUGACUCAUAAGAAAUAAUCUCUUUAAUAAAGGAAGGAACACUUUCUCUAUGAUUUCAACAUAUCAGGAAAAUACAAGAUUUUAAAGGAAAGAAUAAAAAAGAGUAUAGUGAAAUUAUGCAGGGAUAAGUUUAGUAAAUCAGGUUCAGUAACAGGUAUUUCAACAACAUAAUCGGAUUAAUUUUACUCAGAAUUGUAUGUGUUUCUAAUGGAGGAAAUGAGAUAGGUGUUAAUUAAUAUGGUAAGAGAAAAUAAGGAAGCAUUGUAAGAGGAUUUCUCUCAUUUACUAUCUAAGAAGAAAACUAUUUAAGAUGUUGGAUUUUAAGAGAUCAUUGUUGAAAAAACAAAUGAAACUAGAAAACAACAACUAGAGAGAUUAUGUUAAGAAUACGAAAUUUUAAAUAGAACUGAGGAGGUAGAAAAACAUCUUAGAGAUUUAAAUUUGAUUAAUCCAAAAGAUCAAGAUGCUUUGAUGAAGUUUGCAUUCUUCUGUCUCAGAUGCGCAAAAAUAGAUUAAGCAGUAACACUAGUAGAAUAGGCUUUAUCUUUUGAUGGGCAUAAUCAAUAAAAUUAAUUAUUACUCGCUGGUUUGUAUUAAAAACGAGAAAAGAUUUCAGAAGCUAAAUUUAUUUUGGAAUUAUUAUUAGAUUAAGAUCCAAACAAUUUAAUUUAUCAUCUCUUCUACAAUCUGAUUAUUUAAUCACAAGACUAAGAAUUAGCAGAUUUCAUGAUGUAAAAAGCUGAAAGAAUAUGGCUGAGACAGCUGAAUCUAAUCAAGCAGGAAGGAAUGCAUCAUGAAGAUCCUUAACUAUUUGAUAUUCCUUGGAUCAAGAUUCCUAUUCCAGUUCCAGAUAAGCCAGAAAAAGACAAGGCCAUCUUAGAAUAAAGAGAAUAACAAAGGAUUGCUUGGGAGAAUGCUCAUAAUUAACCAUAAUUGACAGAAUAAUAAUAUGAUCAGAUGAUUUUACAAUUAGUAGAAUUCUUCGAGAAUGCUUGUCUCUUUGAAUUAGCUGAAUAAUCAUUGAGUCUAUUGAAUGACCAAUCUCAUAAUAAGAUUACUAUGUUAAGAGCUAAAAUAUACUUGUAUAAGUCUGAAUAUGCUUAGUGCUUGGAUCUGAUUGAAAAUAUGUUAGAGUUUAAUCCUGAAAACUUAGAAAUACGUAUUGAAUACAUAAAAGUAUUGUUUAAGAGUCAAGCCUUUGAAAAAUGUGAGAAGCAGAUAAAAUUUGUAUUACCGAAUCCCUAAUUGAGAGAAGAUCAGAUCACUUAUUUUAGUAUGUAUUUGAUGUUAGGUUCGAUUUAUAUCAAUGAAAAGUAAUUUGGAAAUGCUAGAGCCGUAUUCACAAAGGCUUGUCAAAUUAAGGACAAUUCGUCAUUGUCUUGGAUGGGAUUGGGUAUUUCCUCUCACGAAUGUGAAAAGUAUAAGGAGGCAGAAGAUGCCUUGAGAAUGGCUAAUCUAUAUGAGCCUACAAAUGAUACAGUUUGGGGAUACAUAGCUUUGAAUUGUUUAAAGGAUGGUAAGAGGUUCAGAGAUGCUAAUUCAGCCUUGAAAGAGAUGAAUAAAACCGAUGCUGGAUAAGUCAAUUUGAUGGUUCGUUUAAGCAAAGAAUUUUACAAUAUUGAGGAGUAUUUAACUGCCAAGGAAUUAUUGCAAAAGGCUAUAAAUUGGGCCAAGAUUCAAGACAUGCUUACAGAGGAAAUCAAUCAAUUUGAGAUUCAAUUAGCAGAGACGAAUGAGAAACUCGGAUUACUUUAGCAAGCUCUAGAUAUAUAUUAAGAGAUAUUAAAUGGGGAAUGUGGAUCUUUGGAGGAACACUUAAAAGAGCAAAUAAAUAGACUGCAUUUCCAGACCAAUAUAAAAUAUUGA